CUUGUGUCCAGUCAUCUAUCUAAGACAAUCGGACGUUGCUACAUUGUAGUAACAAUGGCUGUUUCUCCUUUGAUCCCGAACCCUGCUUCGCAUGCAGCCAAAACCACUGAUGCGACAAGAGAGUCAGAGGUAAAUGGCUCUGAACGCUCACCAUACAAGCACAAUAUGAAAUAUUCCUCUCAUGUUACCAACGAGCGUGAGAUUACCGAGCAAUUGAACGAUGAUGUAAGACACAAGUAUAUUAAAGAUAAAAGGCUCGGUGAAGGUACCUAUGCUGUUGUUUUCCUCGGUCACCUUCGAACAGAUCCGUCUUCGUUCGUCGCCAUCAAAAAAAUAAAGAUCAAUGCAGAAUAUAAAGAUGGACUUUCCAUGGACGCCAUUCGAGAAGUAAAAUACCUGCAAGAGCUUUCACAUCCCAACAUAAUAGCGCUUCACGAUGUCUUCUCAUCAAAGGAUCAAAAUCUCAAUCUAGUUCUCGAAUAUCUACCGCGGGGCGAUCUCGAGAUGCUGAUUAAGGAUACAAAUAUUCACUAUGGCGUCGCUGAUAUUAAGGCUUGGAUGGGAAUGCUCGCCAGAGGGGUCUGGUUCUGUCACGAGAAUUUCAUAUUGCAUCGGGAUAUCAAGCCUAAUAACCUCCUCAUUGCGGCAGAUGGGGAAGUGAAACUCGCGGACUUUGGUUUAGCUAGGUCGUUUGCUGAUCCCUACUUGAAUAUGACCCAUCAGGUCAUUACACGCUGGUAUCGUCCCCCAGAGCUGCUCUUUGGUGCCAGACAGUACUCGGGGGUUGUCGAUAUCUGGUCCAUGGGCAUGGUUUUCGCGGAACUCCUCCUGCGAGUUCCGUUCGUUGCAGGAAAUACCGAUCUCGAUCAAAUUACGAAGAUAUGUGAAGCUUUCGGGACCCCGAAUGAGGACAAUUGGCCCGGUGUAACCAAACUACCUAAUUAUCUGCCCGCUGAUCCCAACCAUGUCGUUCCUCUUCAGGGCCGAGAUUUUUUCCUCAGGCAAUUUCCGACAGCUGGUCCUGUCGGCGCAGAUUUGCUGAUGUCCAUGUGCACCUUUGAUCCUAAGAAGCGAAGCACAGCUUGUAGGGUUUUGCAACACGGCUGGUGGACUACUGAGCCUACACCAACCGACAAGAAAAACCUUCCUCGCAAGAUCGAUGGCGUUAAGAAAAUGGGCGCAGACCUGACCAGGCGAGGGGGGGAAAUCGAAGAUUCAACAUUCAAGAAUGCGGCUCGACAGCUAAAUUUCACUGCGGCCAGAGACUAGCUUACGAUUACCGGAACAGACUCGAUGAUUCGAGGUCAUUCCAGGCAAAUUUUGAGGAAAGGCAUCUACUGCAACGCGCGAGGUCAUUUGUCUAUCAGUGGGCUAAAUUACUCAAAGGUCUAUCUACUACAGAAAGCCCAAUUUCAGGGGCACACAGUCAUGCAGCAGAUAUAGAUUCUAAUGCUGUUAUCUGGUAUUCCGACCACUGGUAAAGGGCAUGGAGGGAAUUGAUAGCGCCAGGAUAACAAUGAGCUUGUGUUCCUUCCUUCCCCCCCGACAGAGUCGGUGUUUUAUAGCUCUCCCAUAUAAUACCACCUGAAUCUGGGC